UGUGACUGAGACAGAGACUUCCAUAUCAUCACUAAGAGGAUCAAAGAACUCAUCAGAAGUGUCUUCGGAGCCAGGUGAGGAUGAAGAACCUACAGAGGGAAACUUUGAGGGACACCUGGCUGCAGUGAAUGCUAUUCAGAUUUUUGGGAAUUUGUUGUAUACCUGCUCAGCUGACAAAACUGUGUGCGCCUACAAUCUGGUUAGCAGGAAGUGUGUGGCCAUCUUUGAAGGACAUACUUCAAAAGUGAACUGCCUCCUGGUCACUCAGACAAACGGGAAGAAUGCUGCACUCUAUACUGGCUCAAGCGACCACACUAUCAACUGUUACAAUAUCAAGACCAAAGAGUGUAUGGAACAGUUUAAAUUGGAAGAUCGAGUGCUCUGUUUACACAGUAGAUGGCGGAUCCUUUAUGCAGGCCUUGCAAAUGGCAGCGUGGUUACUUUCAGCAUAAAGAACAACAAGCAGAUUGAUACCUUUGAAUGCCAUGGCCCUAGAGCAGUGAGCUGUCUAGCCACAGCUCAGGAAGGAGCACGGAAGUUGUUGGUAGUGGGUUCCUACGACUGCACCAUCAGCGUGCGAGAUGCGCGGAAUGGACUGCUGCUCAGAACCCUGGAAGGUCACAGCAAGACUAUACUCUGCAUGAAGGUUGUGAAUGAUCUGGUAUUCAGUGGCUCCAGUGACCAGUCUGUCCAUGCCCACAACAUUCAUACUGGAGAGCUGGUACGGAUCUAUAAAGGCCAUAACCAUGCAGUAACAGUUGUGAAUAUUCUUGGGAAAGUGAUGGUGACAGCAUGUCUAGAUAAAUUUGUUCGUGUUUAUGAACUACAGUCACAUGACCGCUUGCAAGUCUAUGGAGGCCACACGGAUAUGAUCAUGUGUAUGACCAUCCAUAAGAGCAUGAUCUACACUGGAUGCUAUGAUGGCAGUGUCAGAGCUGUGAGACUUAAUCUACUGCAGAAUUAUCGUUGCUGGUGGCAUGGAUGUUCACUGAUCUUUGGAGUUGUGGACCAUCUGAAACAACACUUGCUAACUGACCACACCAACCCAAAUUUUCAGACCCUAAAAUGUCGUUGGAAAAACUGUGAUGCUUUCUUUACUUCCAGGAAAGGUUCCAAGCAGGAUGCUGUAGGACACAUUGAAAGACAUGCUGUGGAUGACAGCAGGAUUGACUCAUGAAGCUCUUCACCUCCCACAUUGGGAAGUAAUUUUAUAUGUCAGAAUUAUUCCAAAUAACAUCAGUUUCUUACUCCAGUCUUUCCUCUUUCUUUUCCCACUUGGAAUGCAAAAUGGAGCGGGGCUGAAAUGCCUUGCUACAGAGACUGCAGGUGGUGUUGCACUCUGUAGCAAUAAGGCUGGUCAAUUAAGACUUGGCCCAAAUGGAAGAUUCUUGCAAGUUUUUAAUUCAUUGACAGAUAAGAAUAUUCCCUCUUCUUGUCUGCCUUGGUUUUUUGUUGUUUGUUUUU